AUGGAUGCAUUUGUUAAGAAGAAGCCCCGAUUCUCUCAUCCAGCCGAUGAAACAGAAGAUUCCACCGAUGUCAAACUGGCCAUCCUGGCAUCGCUGUUUUCCGCAGUCAAGCAAGAUGACUUGCUGGAUAUCCUCGUGUCCUGCAACGGGUCCGUAGAGGAUGCAUCAUCACUGCUAUCCUCGCAAGAUCCCGCAAAAUCACCGGGACCAUCACCGGCUUCCAAGAAGCGGGCUGCUUCCGGGCCAUCAUCACUUGGCGUGCAGACAUCUCUAUCAUCUCACAUUCUCACAACCAGCAAAGAUGGAUCUCUCGUCCCCCUAAACGCAAGCAAGCAAAGAAUACCACCCACCACCAAAGGAAAGACACUACACCUCUACAGCUUAGAGGACAUCGCUGCUUACACACCCUGCACAAUCAUCCACAACUUCCUCCCGGCCGAGGAAGCAAACGCUCUCCUCCUCGAGCUACUCGAUGAGUCAAAACAUUUCUCACGAUACGAGUUCCAGCUUUUCAACCGCACAGUACACAGCCCACACACCACCAGCGUGUAUGUAUCCACGCCUGAAGAACUCCGACAGCAGACAUCAGAAUAUACCUACGGCGGAACUUACCGGUCAAAUGUGCGGCAGGCGACCCCGCAACUACGUCGUGUCUCGCGCACAGUCCAGCGGACUGUCAAUGAGGAGAUCCAGAAACGGAUCCGGGAUGUAUAUCCCGAUGGCAAGAAGCUCAAAUAUCAGUCUCCGAAGGAAUGGAAACCCAACGCGGCAUUUGUCAACUGCUACGAUGGUCCGCAGGAGAGUGUGGGGUAUCAUUCCGACGAACUGACCUAUCUCGGCCCACACCCGGUGAUAGGGAGUCUGAGCUUGGGAGUUGAGCGAGAGUUUCGAGUUCGUCGAGUUAUUCCCCAAGAAGAGGAGAACACAGAAGAUGAAGAAAAAGCAAAGUCCCCUUCCGGUGAUCGAAAAGCAUCAUCAUCUUCUACCCGCGCAGACGCCCAAGGCCAAAUAUCAAUCCACCUACCCCACAACUCUCUCCUAGUCAUGCACGCCGAGAUGCAAGAAGAAUGGAAACACGCCAUCACGCCUGCACAGACUAUAUCUCCGCAUCCUGUUUCAGGAAACCGGCGUAUCAACGUCACGUAUCGAUGGUACCGUGAUUCUCUCCACCCUCGAUACACGCCGCGAUGUCGGUGUGGAGUGCAUGCUAUCUUGCGGUGUGCGCAACGGAAGAAGGAAACGAGGGGCCAGUACAUGUGGAUGUGUCAUGCUUCGUUCACGCCUGGGAAGCAGGGGUGCUCGUUCUUCCAGUGGGCUGUGUUUGAUGAUGAUGGCGAGCCGGUGUGGGAUACGAAACGAGGUGAGGAUAGUGAUGGUAAUGCGCCUAGAUUGGAUACUUUUUCGGGGUCACAAUGA